AGAAUGUCCAGCCCCGGCAUAAAGGUCCCAGUGUCCAUGAGCUUCUGUCAGUCAGGAGGCCACGCCGUGCACAAUGAGCUCCUCUCGGGCACCCGGGAUGGGGCGUGUGGGAGGGCACGGGCUGAUGGCAUUGCUGCUGGCCAGUCUCAUUCUACCAGGAACCUUGGCCAAGAGCAUUGGGACCCUCUCAGACCCCUGUAAGGACCCCAGGAGGAUCACCUCCCCCAACGACCCUUGUCUCAUUGGAAAGGCUGCCUCCAAGAGCAUCGGCGGCCAAGGUGGAUCCAGCAGCUCCCAGGGAAGUUCUUUAGGAUCUGUGAUAUUCAAACCAGGAACAGGGUCGUCCCAGAUCAGCUUUUCCUCUGGGUCUGGCUCCUCCCAGUCAGGAAGCAGCGGAUCGCAGUCAGGAAGCAGCGGAUCGCAGUCCGGAAGCAGCGGAUCACAGUCCGGAAGCAGCAACUACCAUUCUGGAAGCAGCGGCUCUCAGACAGGAAGCAGCAGUUCCCGAUGGGUAAGCAGCAGUUCCCACAGCAGCAGCUCUCAAUCCGGAAGCUCAGGAAGCAGCCGGGAGGGACCAGGGAACGGCUCUGCUCUACCGACCGAUGACAACUCUUCCAGGCAGUCAUCAGGCACCUUCCAGUCUGGAGGCUCUUACACUUCCCACAGCUCUGUGGUGUCUAGCGGCAUCUCCAACCAGAGGCCCUGUAGCUCCAACGUGCCCGACUCUCCCUGCAGUGGGGGGCCUGUCAUCACGCACUCGGGGCCCUACAUCUCCAGCUCCCACACCGUGUCCGGCGGGCAGAGGCCUGUAGUGGUGGUGGUGGAACAACACGGCUCGGGUGGCCCCGGAGGGUUCCAAGGCAUGCCCUGCAGCAACGGUGGCCCAGCAGGCAAGCCCUGUCCUCCCAUCACCUCUGUCCAGAAACCCUACGGCGGCUACGAGGUGGUGGGGGGCUCUGCCAACAGCUACCUGGCCCCAGGCAUGACCUACAGUGGCGGUAAAAUCUACCCUGUGGGCUACUUCACCAAGGACAACCCCGUCAGGGGCUCGCCAGGGGCCCCCUCCUUUGCAGCUGGGCCCCCAGUCUCUGAGGGGAAGUACUUCUCCAGCAACCCCAUCAUCCCCAGCUACAGCUCUUCCAGUGCCAACGCCUACCCAUCCUCGGGCGUCGUGUUCCAGCCCGUGGGCACCGGCGGGGUCCAGCCCUGUGGCACGGGUUCUAAGGGGCCUUGCUCGGGAACAAGAAUCCAGAUCACCUCCAGCAGCUCCAGCACCUCCUUCCAACCCUGUGGCGGUGCUUCCCAGGGGCCCUGCUCCCCACCAGGCACCGGCUCCAUCGGCGGGGGAAGCUCCUCCCUCUCCACCGGCAAAAUCGUCCUCCAGCCCUGCGGCAGCAAGUCUAGCUCUCCCGGCUACCCCUGCCUUUCUGUUUCCUCCUCCACGCUGAAUGGCUCUCCUCAGCUGGUCCCCUCCGUGGUGGCCAAGCCCUGUGGCCUCAACAGCCCUGGAAGGGUGCCCUGCCGUUCCAUCCGGGACAUUCUGGCCCAAGUGAAGCCUCUGGGGCCCCAGUUAGCAGAUCCUGAAGUUUUUCUGCCUCAGGGAGAGCCACUUGACAAGCCUUAAGUCACACACACACACACACACACACACACACACACACACACACCGUUCCCCCUCUCCACCUCAGCCCUUGCCUGGUGACCACUCCAUCCGAAGCACAGAUGUUGUGCUGUGCGUGUGGACGCACCCCGGGGCAUCCGCAGAGCCUGGCACAGACUCCUGGCUCUCUCGGGAUCCUGGACAGGGCUCAAUAAACUUUGUGAACUUUGUGCAGA